AUGGCCGACAACGAGAGUGAUGAUCUUCUGAGCCAUUCUCUUUGCACGAUCAAGCCAAUCGAGCAGGAGUCAUUUACAGACCAGGAUUUGAGAAAUCAUCUUGAAUCAGUCAACGACACCACCUGGGCCAGGGAUACCAAGCUGCAGGAUCAAUGGCGCGAUGAGUACAUCACCGCCCCGGAUCAGUUUUUGGAGCUUUGGGAUGGAAGGGAUGACGGCGCGCACAAAAAUGCAACAUAUGAGGUAUAUGAGAUAACCGGGAGUGGUGAGCAGAAAUGCAUUCCCGUCGCCAAGCAUAAGGAGAACGGAGAAGACUCUCAGCAAUCCCUCAGCGUCAAGAGCGUCUGGGAUACCCUCAAAGAGGUGAACAAAAAUGGAGAGGCGGUCGGAAGAAUAAUUAUUCUUCAAGAGGUUCCCCCCCUUGUACUCGGGGCGGUUCACAUGACGUUGAAGAAACAUUUUGACAUGGAUGAGCUACUCCAACAUCUCAUUUACAAGGACGGAAACAAUGGGAUGACCAAAGCUUAUAUGGAUCGAAGUACCGAAUCAACCCCGUUAAGGCAAAGAACGUUCUUCUUCGUGUUCAAGUACUAUACAGUUGUCAACGAGAACAAGUGCACUCCUGCACCGUGGCAAAGUCAUGAUAGACGCCCAGCUGACCGAAAAUGUCCCGAUCACGUCGACAUCGCAGAGUGCAGCUCAAUCCUGGCAUUGUCACUCGGCGGUGAUCCGAUCAAACGGUACCGGGCAAAGGUGAAGAAAAGAGAUACCAAGGACCAUGUGGUUUUUGACACUUCGGCGCCGUGGCAACUCCUCAGUAUCCAGUGCUUCCCAGAUGACGAGCACACAAUGAGGACUAGCGAGGGGUUGAAACGACCGUUUUGCAAUGGCCCAUUUGCGUUUCUGGAUAGUUUGGCCCUGGAAUACCAUGAUGCUGUUACAAGAUACAGUCAGAUCAACGACGAGGUGACCAAGUUGAUCACACCGCCGAGCGAUUUCAUGUUCAACUCUGAGCUUCGAGACGGUCUCCUCUUUGAAGACGAAGAUUUUUCGUAUUCCCGCCGUUACUUUUGGGCAUACAACACCCUCGGUGUGAUCAAUGUGGGAAUCGACUCGAUGAUAUCAGCCUACCAGGAAACAUUUACCAAUGAUUUCUGGAAAGGGAAGCUCGUGAAGCUUUGGGCGCACCCAGAUCCGGACUCGAGUGAUGGUGAAGCUUAUGCUAAAUGCAUGGGCGUCCUCAGACAUGAGCUGGAUAGAGAAGUGAACAAUUUGGAGAAGGUGCGAGAAAAGAAUAAGAAAACGCAAGAUGAGAUAGCUUCGCUGAGGGACCAACUUUUCAGCGGGAGCAGUGUUAAGGAGUCCAGGAGGGCUAUUGAGCAGGGAGACAACAUCAAAAUCCUUACCGUGGUGUCGAUGCUCUUUCUGCCUUUGACCUUUGUUACUGUGAGUCAGGAGUCAGCCUCCCCUAUUCUUUUCUGA